GCUGCGCCUGCGCAGUGCCCUCCUGCAACCGCCUCGCGCAGAGGGGCCGGGACCUGACGUGCGUCUUCUUCUCCGCUGUUUGCAGUUUAUCCUCCUCCCGCCAAGAUGCCGCGGAUCAUGAUCAAGGGGGGAGUUUGGCGAAACACGGAGGAUGAAAUUCUUAAAGCAGCUGUAAUGAAAUAUGGCAAAAACCAAUGGUCUCGUAUUGCCUCUUUAUUACACAGAAAAUCAGCAAAGCAGUGCAAAGCCAGAUGGUAUGAGUGGCUGGAUCCAAGUAUCAAGAAGACAGAAUGGUCACGAGAAGAAGAGGAGAAGUUGUUGCAUUUGGCCAAACUUAUGCCAACCCAGUGGAGGACAAUCGCACCAAUUAUUGGGAGAACAGCUGCCCAGUGCUUGGAACACUAUGAAUUUCUCCUGGAUAAGGCUGCUCAAAGAGAUCAUGAGGAAGAAACUGCUGAUGAUCCUCGAAAACUUAAACCCGGAGAAAUUGACCCAAACCCAGAAACCAAGCCAGCCAGGCCAGACCCUAUUGAUAUGGAUGAGGAUGAACUUGAGAUGCUUUCUGAAGCUAGAGCUCGGUUGGCUAACACUCAGGGAAAGAAAGCCAAAAGGAAAGCAAGAGAGAAGCAGCUGGAAGAAGCUAGGCGCCUUGCUGCCCUCCAGAAGAGGAGAGAACUUCGAGCUGCAGGGAUUGAGAUCCAGAAGAAAAGAAAGAAGAAAAGAGGAGUAGACUACAAUGCAGAAAUCCCAUUUGAGAAGAAACCUGCUGCAGGUUUUUAUGACACAUCAGAAGAAAACUACCAGGCCCUGGAUGCAGAUUUUAGGAAGUUAAGGCAACAAGACUUGGAUGGGGAGCUGAGAUCGGAAAAGGAAGGAAGAGAGCGAAAGAAAGAUAGGCAACAGCUGAAACGGAAAAAAGAGUCUGAUUUACCAUCAGCAAUUCUUCAGACUAGUGGUGUGUCAGAAUUCACGAAAAAAAGAAGCAAGCUGGUGCUUCCAGCUCCUCAGAUUUCAGAUACAGAACUUGAAGAAGUAGUUAAAGUUGGCCAAGCAAGUGAGAUUGCACGUCAAACAGCAGAGGAAUCUGGGAUCACAAACUCUGCAUCCAGCACACUCCUGUCAGAAUACAAUGUUACCAACAAUAGCAUUGCUCUUAGAACACCUAAAACGCCAGCAGCACAGGACAGGAUCUUACAGGAAGCCCAGAAUCUGAUGGCUCUUACAAAUGUUGAUACCCCUUUGAAAGGUGGUCUGAAUACCCCUCUCCAUGAGAGUGACUUCACUGGGGUAACACCUCAGAGGCAAGUUGUUCAGACGCCAAAUACAGUGCUUUCCACACCAUUCAGGACACCUUCCCAUGGAGCUGAAGGGCUGACUCCUCAUAGUGGAAUGACUCCAAAGCCGGUAGUAGGUGUGACUCCAGGGAGAACUCCCCUGCGUGAUAAACUAAAUAUUAAUCCUGAGGAGGGAAUGGCAGAUUACAGUGAUCCAUCCUAUACAAAACAUAUGGAAAGAGAAUCCCGUGAAAAUUUGCGUCUAGGACUUAGGGGUCUUCCUGCUCCAAAGAAUGACUUUGAGAUUGUUCUACCUGAAAAUGCGGAAAAAGAACUUGAAGAUCAUAAUGCAGAUGAUACAUACAUAGAGGAUGCAGCUGAUGCAGAUGCUCGCAAGCAGAGUAUUCGAGAAAUGGAACGUAUAAAGGCACUAAAGCGGAUGCACAAGGCAGUUCAGAAAGAUCUGCCAAGACCCUCUGAAGUAAAUGAAACAAUCCUGAGACCCUUAAAUGUAGAGCCACCACUAACAGAUUUACAGAAGAGCGAAGAGCUGAUUAAGAAAGAGAUGAUUACCAUGCUUCAUUUUGACCUUGUGCAUCACCCUUAUGGAGAACUCCCAGGAGGCAAAAAGGGGAAAGUCCCAGGGUUUGGACCCGGUAGCACAGAACACCUAUCUUAUCUUGAACACAAUCCUUAUGAGAAAUACUCAAAGGAAGACAUCAAAAAGGCUGAAGAACUCUUGGCCCAAGAAAUGGAAGUGGUGAAGCAAGGAAUGGGGCAUGGAGAGCUUUCAAGUGAAGCUUAUAAUCAAGUGUGGGAAGAAUGUUACAGCCAGGUGUUGUUCCUUCCUGGGCAGAAUCGCUACACGCGAGCUAACUUGGCCAGUAAAAAAGACAGAAUUGAAUCCCUAGAGAAGAGACUUGAGAUUAACAGAGGUCACAUGACUACAGAAGCUAAGAGGGCUGCCAAGAUGGAGAAAAAAUUGAAGAUAUUGCUUGGUGGUUAUCAGUCUCGAGCGAUGGGGCUCAUAAAGCAAUUAAAUGACUUGUGGGAUCAAAUUGAACAAGCUCAUCUUGAAUUGCGCACAUUCGAGGAAUUAAAGAAACACGAAGAUGCUGCUAUUCCUAGGAGAUUAGAGUGUCUAAAGGAAGAUGUUCAGCGGCAACAGGAACGAGAGAAAGAACUUCAGCAGAGAUUUGCGGAGUUCAUGCUGGACAAGGAAGCUUUUCAGUCGAAAUAUUAAGUCACACAUCUUGCUUAAGCCAUGUUUUAUAACAUUUCUCAAAUGCAAUAGAUAGGUUUUGCCUCCUGUGUCUCAAAUCAAACAUAAGCAAAUUGGGCCUUGAAUCCAUUUUGUGUUUUACAUAAGACUGAAGGUCAUGCAUCUUAUGAGGGAGAGGUGAAUUGAAACAUAUACAGAGAGGAUAAUUGACACACAUUAAGGGGUGCUGUCCAGGGUAGAAAUUCCAGCCCCUAGGAUUGGUUAUGUGAUUAUCCUUGCUGAUCAUAUCCACAUUUUUUACUCUUAACAAACUGAUAUUCUGAUAUUAAAAGGAAAAACCAGCAGAUUCUUUUAAAUCACAUCAUUUGCAAAAUUGUUAUUUUACCAUUGCUACGCUUCACAAGAACCAUACACUUUUGUCUGCGUGUCAGCGGCUAUGUACUGUGAAUUUGGGGUGUAAAGCAAUGUAUUAAACUGUGUUUGUGUCCUAUAGCUUGAAUGGAAUCUGAAAUUAUUUGCCUGUAACCCAAUAUUUAUGCAUGUAAAGAAUGUGCCCUGAAGACCAAAAAGACUGGCAAGGUGAAAAAUACUGGCAAGGGGAGAAUUCACUGGGAAGUUUUCCUGCACAAGCCCUUUGUGCCAUGAAAGGAAAGUGUGCAGCACAAAAGUAUCACAUUGCUUAGCUCCCAUCCAUUCCAAGGAGCCUUGCUCCCAGUGGUGAGUGGCCCUGGGGGAUUAGGCUGGUCCCCUAAAACUUUCUCUGGUGCCUCCUUCCCAAAGCCUGGGAAGUUUCUGCCUGGCUUAGGGAGGAAAGCUCAAUGCUUACACGCGUGACGUUGCAGCAUCACACGUGCAACGUCUGCCCCCGCGGAAACAAAUCACCCUUGCAAACUGGUGCCUGUGGCCCUAACAGCUCCCCUACAAAAAAUUUCACCACACUCGACUGGUUGCUCAGGAAAACCUCCAGAAAGAUUCUGCCAAUAAACAGUUGGGCUCUUAUUUCACAUUUUAUGUCAGUCGUGCCACAAGUAUCCUCCUCUUAAUUGGGGUCAGGAGUCAUCAUCUUUAGAGAUUCAGGAAAAAUGUUUGAGUGUGGUUAGAGAACUAACCAAUAGGGAAGUCAACCCUCCUUGGGGCACCAGAGAAAUACCAUAGGAUGCAGGAGGCUUUGCUUCUGCUGGAGACCUGGUGAGGGUGGGACCAACUUCUCUCCAUUUACAUGAACAUGAAAUACAUGAAUAGAUGAGAGUAGCAUCUUGGUGGUUAAGGGAACAUCGUGCUACCUAGCAAAGUUACAUUUUGCUGUUAGCAAUUUGGAAUGCUACAGUGAUACUGGGGUUUUUAUGGUUAAAUUUGCAGAUAACUGAAAUUAGGUGGCUCAUAAUACAUUCCAGCAGGUUUCUCUGUUAGCAGUGAACAAUAGCUGAUGGAAGAGGAUCACCUGCAUCUGAUUUAUCCAAACAUUGAGUACAAGGAUAUUCCUUUCUCUUCCCCCCUCCCAAGCCUCUGGUUUUUUAAAGCGUACAGCUUUGCCAGGCUUGGGCUUUGGUAGAAAUCUCUCUGGUUUAAGUCACAAGGUUUUCAAUAUAUCAGCUUAGACAGACCUGCCUCAUUAGAUCACUUUAAUGUCUGCAGGUUAAAACAGAAAUUCUGAUGUAUUCAAAUUACCAAAGAAUUCCUCAAAGGAAGCAGAAAUAUUUAAAUUCAUGGUGUCCCUCACUAGCAUUUAUGAAUUGUGAUGCUUGGAAAUGCAGACUAUAUUUCUUAUUUAUUCAGUUCAUAUGCUGUUAGGAACCUUGCCAAAUAUGUGCGUUGGGUAGAUGCCUCUUGGGAUUCCAGAGCAUUUUUUCUAUUCUGUAUCUCCUUCAACUCUUCAACAUCUCCCCCCACCUUCCAGUCAACACACA